UCACAACACAAACAUUCAUUCUUUCUGACGUCGACCGAUCCAAAACAUGGAAGGGAAACUGAUCUGGUGGUCACCUUCUCCAUCAUGGCUGAUGCUUUCCACCUUAUGCCUUCUUCUGUGUGCCGCACAGUUACAAACGAGUAGCGCUACUGUCGCUGCAGCCGGGACGGUCCCGAUUCCGGCAGGAAACGUUGUCCCGUCCGCUGGGGUCAAACUCACGUCUGGAAAAGACGAAGCGAUGAUCGACAAUGGAAUCAUACAAUUGACGUUGACGAAUCCAGGAGGGUUUGUCCGUGCACUGAAAUACCAGGGCGUCGAGAACGUGUUGGAAACCCACGAGCCCGAUGAUUUUGGAGGGUAUUUUGAUGUCUCAUGGGAUCACCCAGGAGGAGAAGGGAAGACUGAACAGGUGGUGGGAACGAAGUUCACCGUCAUAACAGAAACUGAAGAUCAAGUAGAGCUGUCCUUCAGCAGCUCAUGGGCUGCUUCUCCAAAGGAUUUGGUACCACUCAACGUUGACAAAAGGUUCAUAGUACAAAAGGGUGUCUCAGGUUUUUACUGGUACGUGAUCGUCGAGAGGCUCAAAGGAUGGCCCGACGUCAACAUGGAUCAACACCGAAUGGUUUUCCGGCCCAAAAUAACCAUGUUCAAGUACAUGGCAGUAUCCGACGAAAUCCAGAAGAUGAUGCCUGCUUACAAAGACAGAGAGACUGGAGAGAAACUGGCGUACCCAGAAGCCGUGCUCUUGACCACUGCGAUCGAGCCCGAGUUCAAAGACCAGGUGGACGACAAGUAUCAAUACUCCAUGGAGAUCAAGGAUCACAAGCUCAAAGGAUGGAUCUCGGACGAUCCGAAAAUAGGGUUCUGGGUGAUUUCGCCUAGCGAGGAGUACAUCGCCGGCGGACCCAACAAGCCUGAACUUACCUGUCACUGCGGACCCAUUUGCCUUGCUAUGUUUACCAGCGUGCACUAUUCUGGGUUGGAUAUGGUGACGGAGUAUAGGAAUGGAGAGCCAUGGAAGAAGGUGUUUGGGCCGGUUAUGGUGUAUUUGAACUCUAUUGUUCCCUCCAACGAUCAUGCGGCUCUUUGGCAAGAUGCAAAAGCACAGAUGGAGAAAGAAGUGCAGAACUGGCCCUACAAUUUUGUUGCAUCGGCAGACUAUCUCCCGGCUGCUAAACGAGGAAGUGUUUCUGGCCAACUACUGGUGGAUGACAAAGUCUUAAGUCCGACUCCAAAAGAGGCAUGCACAGCAUAUGUGGGUUUGGCAUUACCAGGAACCACCGAAGUCGCGUUUCAAUUCGAUGUCAAGGGUUAUCAAUUUUGGACACAAACAGAUCCAAAAGGAAAUUUCGUGAUUAAAAAUGUGAUACCCGGAGACUACAAUUUAUACGGUUGGGUUCCAGGGGUUGUCGGCACUUUCAAGCAUCCCGAUCUUAUUACCAUUCAACCAGGAAAUGAGGUCAAAUUAGGUCCAGUUACCUACAAGGCUCCGAGAAAUGGUCCAACAUUGUGGGAAAUUGGCAUUCCAGACCGUUCUGCUGCCGAGUUCUUUGUCCCGGACCCAGAUCCGAAGUUUGUCAAUAAAUUCUUCGUCGACAAACCAAAUGAUAAGUACAGACAAUAUGGACUGUGGCUCCGGUAUCCUGAACUAUAUCCUAAGAGUGAUCUUGUUUUUGAUAUCGGUGUUAGUAAUUACAGCAAAGAUUGGUUCUUUGCUCAUGUUCUAAGAGAAGUAAAGUCGGGUGAUUGUGAACCGACCACAUGGCAGAUCAAUUUUGACCUCCCAGAUGUAUGCCCAACUGGAAAUUACACUCUUCAAUUGGCAUUGGCAGGCGCACUAGAAACAAAUACAUUUGUUUACGUGAACGAUUUAAAUGCUAAAGCCCCAGCAUUUGCUACAGAGAGAGUGGGAAAAGACAAUGCAAUUGCGAGACAUGGAAUUCAUGGAAUUUACUGGUUCUUCAGUGCAUGUCUACCUUCAAAUUUAUUUGUAAAAGGGAAGAACUCAAUCUUUCUUCGUGCGGCAAGAUCUGGAGAUUUCCCUUUUAUGGGAGUCAUGUAUGACUACAUUAGACUUGAAGCACCUCCCACCCAACCAUAAACACCUCAAUCUUCAUUCCCAUUUUUUCAUUUCUUAUAAUUACAUAUUGAGUUGAUUUCUUGUUUGAAAGAAAAAAAAUUUUGAGGGAGAGGCUUGUAAGUGGAAUUUCACUUUAAUAUAUUUGUCAACACCAUCCAUUGUUUCACUCUUUUAUUUUAUUUGUCAACUCUUUCAUCCAUCAGUUUUGAAUAAGCAGCCAUUGGCUUAGUUAACCAGGUUAGUAGUAGGAUGAUCAAUGAGGUUGUGGUAUUUAGAAAUCAAUAUUUAAGUUGUAAACAAUUACGACAUUGUUGAUGGGAGUGAUCAAGCUCUCAUUGCUAAUGUAUCUUCUCUUUUAAUAUUUGUUUUGCACUUUCAUCUUUUGCUUCCUUUUGGCUAAGAUGUAUCUUAGUUUUGUUGUUUGUAAUAGGGCUUAUGAGUCUACACCAAACUGUGGUGAGUGUCAACUCUUGAAUGGACAAGAUUGCACUAUGCUAAUCACCUUUUCUAACUGCUCUUUACCCAUGUUCCAUAGAUCUCUUCAUUUUGCUAGCUUUUGUUUCAUGAUGAUAAAAAUCAAGUAUACACAUGUUUAGCUCCUUUUUUUUACUCUAUACAGUAUUAUUUAAUGAUA